CAAACAGAGAUGUUGUGCUAAGUAAUAAAUGCGAGUCCUGAAUAGGGGUGUAAUCAAUUGCCACUAUCAACAUUGUUCUUCAUUUGCACAAAACGCGGGAUGCUUAAGAGGAAUAAUCUUCAACAAAUACCGAACAGGAGAUGACGGAAGACAAAGCAGCUGAUAAAGAGUCUGCCGGCGAACAGCAGAAGCCAGAUGGAGGAGACCAAUCCUCGCCUCCCAAGAGUCCAGAGAAGAAAGCUGAAAAGGGCGGGAAAAAGAAAGCCAAGAAGAAGUCUUCCAAGGAAUCAGGCGGUGGCAAAGGAAGAAUUCAUGUCGAUAUCCUAGGUGAAACAGCGAUGCAGAACGCCCUCUAUAUCUGUCACAGCGUUCAAGAGCUGCUUUUUUGGCGGGGUUAUCAAUGGGCGCCUGGCGGCAAGAAACCCAAGAAAGGGAAAAAAUAAGGAAAAGAUUUGUUGUAAGAAUCUUGCAGAAAAAUGUAGAUAGAGAGAGAGAGAGAGAGAGAGAGAGAGAGAGAGAGAGAGAGCAUUAGUGUCAAAUUACUAAAAUGCAACAGUUCUAAGUAGGAGCGAACGACUGUAAAAAUGGCAUAAAACACCAUCAGGAUUUUAGGCAACUUUAUCAACCAUUAACAUAUUUAUAGAAAAACUGUGAGAAAUGAAACAAUCGAUAACUAUACUGCACUGUUGGUUGCCAAAGCUAGAUACAAGAUUGUGUAACUAUAUAGUGGAGCAGUUAUUGUCAAGGGCACCUGAUAAUGCUGAUGAUUUAUUCUACUGGUUAAUAAAAGUGCUUGAGAAUUUGGAGUCCAUUUUCUGCAUACCAUUAAAUAUCUUUGUAAAUCAGCACGAAAUUCU